AUGGAGCCCAGUCAACCCGGCCAAAGCUUGAGCGAACAAUUCCCCAACCACUGGCAGGCUAGCACAUCCGACAGUAACCUUACGCUACAUGGCUUCCGUCGCUUCAAGACCACACACUUACUGAACCUGCGGUAUCUCGAGGCCGAGGUUGCUGGAAUAGAUCAUCUCAUCUAUCAGCUUGGCCUCAGUCUGAAUGUGGAGCCAUCCUCAACAGAUAGGUUGGGGCUGAAGCAUUGUAAAAGGGACGAAAUACUUCCUUCUACUGACCAAGCGGUUUCAAAGGAGCUUAUACUGCAACUCCGUCAAUCAUUAAAGCAAUAUGAUGAGGCGUUGAUUGCUUUUAAUACGAUUAUGUCUAUGGACACAUUCGCGCUCCUUGAUGAUGAAAAACAAUGCAGCCUCAGAACAGACAUUACCUUAUAUGAAAUGUAUAAAACAAGGCUUCUGAGGGUAGACCAGACCCCUCGUACUCGACAAGACCCCUUACAGCGUUCCAUUCAUCAACUUCUACGGUGGUUUCGAUAUUCGCGGAUAUCUAAAUCAUCUCAGAAUAACGUCGAGAAUGCCAGUCCUUUCGGAAUGAAUCAGGCAUCGUCUUCCCAGAAUGCCACACUUAUUUCAGAGAUAAUUUCUCGAGUUAUUAUAGGAAUAGUCACGGCUAUCUUUUUGAUAGCUCCUCUUAUUGCCCUGUCAUAUGAUUCACGGAAGAGCAUCCAAAUUGUCAUUAUUUCAAUCUGUAUUGUGGUGUUUGCAUGUCUGGUAUCAGUAUUGUUGAGGGCAUCUAACCUAGAGAUGAUGGUUGUUACUGCUGCCUACGCUGCGAUCAUCGCAGUAUUUGUUUCUAAUGGCCCGGCAUCUAGUUAG